GCUCGCCCUCCCUCCCACCCGUCCCGUCUCUUCGCCUCGCCCCGAUUCCUCCCCCCUCCCACCCACACUCGGUCUUCGUCUCCCCCGACCCCCUCCCUCACCCCUCACGCCUCUCGCCAGCGCCGCGCUCUCGCGUCCCGCCCGCCGUUUCCGCCAUUUCUCCGGGCUGCUGCCCACGCCCCGCGUCCGUUUUCUCCCCGCGGGGGCGAGAUGAGGUGAGGCGGUUUUCUUCCGGGACUUCGCCGAGCUUCCGUGCGCGCAAAGAUCCGAAGGGACAGCCAGCCGGGUGUGCUAGGAAGCGCAGGACCGCGGGUGAUGCAGAGGGAGGUGGGGCCGCAGGUGGCCUCCCCGCUGUACCUGCACCAGAUCCAGCCGCUGCCUCCCCAUGCGGCGGCGGCGGCCAGGAAGCGCGGGACCCCGUGGCCCGCCGCGGACCCGCCGGAGAACGCCGCGAUGGGGGCCGGCGCCGCCGCCGGAGGGAACUGGAACCCCAGCAUGUGGGACUGGGACAGCCGCGCCUUCACCGCCAGGCCGUCCUCCGACGCGCUCCGCCUCGGCGGCGGCCUGAACCACCACCAACACCACCACCAGCAGCCGCCGCCGCCGCCGCCGCCGGCGACGGCUGCCGAGGCGCAGCGGCAGGGGCGCGGAGGUGCCGGUGACCUGAGCCUUCAGCUGAACCUGCGGGAGGAGGCAUCGAUGGCGAUGGAUGUGAGCCCGACAACUACCAUGUCUUCUUCGCCUUCUCCGCCUGCACGGACGUCGCAGGAGCAGGCUGCUAGGCCUAGCAAGAGGGUUCGGUCUGGAUCGCCCGGAACUGCUUCUGGAGGAGGUGGCGGCGGCGGUGCCGGAGGGAGCGCAAGCGGAGGCGGGAGCUAUCCCAUGUGCCAGGUGGAUGACUGCCGCGCGGAUCUCACCAGCGCCAAGGAUUAUCACCGGAGGCACAAGGUGUGUGAGAUCCACAGCAAGACAACCAAGGCGGUAGUUGCCAACCAGAUGCAGCGCUUCUGCCAGCAGUGUAGUAGAUUUCAUCCACUCUCGGAGUUCGAUGAGGGUAAGAGGAGUUGCAGGCGAAGGCUUGCCGGACACAACCGACGACGGAGGAAAACCCAGCCAACAGAUGUUGCUUCACAGUUGCUGCUUCCUGAAAACCAAGAAAACACAGCAAAUAGGACACAGGAUAUUGUCAAUCUGAUCACUGUUAUUGCACGCUUGCAAGGUGGUAAUGUUGGUAAACUACCCAGCAUCCCUCCGAUACCGGAUAAAGAUAAUCUGGUCCAAAUCAUAAGCAAAAUAAACUCUAUCAAUAAUGCAAACUCCCUGGGGAAGUCUCCUCCAUCAGAAGCCAUUGAUUUGAAUGCCUCCCAUGGGCAACAACAAGAUUCCCCUGUUCAAAAUGCAACAAAGGUGGUCGACAAGCAGACUGUGCCAUCAACCAUGGAUUUGUUAACAGUUCUAUCCGGUGCUCUUGGGACAUCAACCCCUGAAACCAAUACAUCUCAGUCCCAAGGGAGCAGUGAUAGCAGUGGUAAUAACAAGAGCAAGAGUCAUUCAACAGAGCCAGCUUGUGUUGUAAAUUCCCAUGAGAAAUCAAUUCGACCUUUUCCGGCAGCUGGUGUGAUAAGGAGCAAUAGCACCCAUGGAAGUCCACCUGAAAUAUAUAAGCAGCCAGACCGAGAUACCCAUCCAUACUUGUCACUGCAGUUGUUUGGUAAUGCCGAGGUGGACAUUCCUGUUAAAAUGGACACUGCAAAUAAGUACUUGUCUUCGGAGAGCAGUAAUCCUAUGGACGAGAGAUCUCCUUCAUCCUCUCCACCUGUAACGCGCACAUUUUUCCCCACCCGCUCAGUAAAUGAAGGCAUCAGACAUCCUCGUAUUGCUGACUAUGGAGAAGACGCUGCAACAGCUGAGAUCAGUACCACUCGGGCAUGGUGUGCACCACAGCUUGAGCUUUUCAAGGAUUCAGAACGGCCAACGGAAAAUGGGUCACCACCAAACCCCACAUAUCAGUCAUGUUAUGCCUCAACAUCUGGUUCAGACCAUUCUCCGUCAACAUCAAAUUCAGAUGGACAGGACCGUACUGGAAAGAUUAUAUUCAAGCUCUUUGGCAAGGAACCUGGCUCAAUCCCUGGGAACCUUCGUGACGAGGUUGUAAAUUGGCUGAAACACAGCCCCACUGAAAUGGAGGGCUACAUUCGCCCUGGUUGCCUUGUACUAUCCAUGUAUCUGUCAAUGCCAACUAUUGCAUGGGAUGAACUUGAAGAGAAUUUUCUCCAGCGAGUAAACUCGUUAGUUCAGGCUUCUGAUUUGGAUUUCUGGAGAAAAGGGAGGUUUUUAGUUCGAAGUGACAACCAGUUGGUGUCGUACAAAGAUGGAAUGACCCGCCUGUCAAAAUCAUGGAGAACAUGGAAUACUCCCGAGUUGACCCUUGUGACACCAAUUGCUGUUGUUGGUGGGAGAAAGACCUCCCUCGUUCUUAAGGGCCGUAAUCUAACGAUCCCGGGCACCCAGAUCCACUGUACCAGUGGAGGGAAGUAUAUAUCAAAAGAGGUAUUAUGUUCAGCGUAUCCGGGUACUAUAUAUGAUGAUUCAGGAGUUGAGACCUUUGACUUGCCGGGAGAACCAAAUCUUACUCUUGGGCGUUGCUUUAUUGAGGUUGAGAACAGGUUCAGGGGAAACAGCUUCCCUGUUAUUUUUGCGAGUAAAAGCAUCUGUCACGAGUUAAGAAACCUUGAAGCUGAACUUGAAGAUUCGCGGUUUCCUGAUGUCUCUUCAGAUGAUCAGGUCCAUGAUGCUAGGCGGCUAAAGCCAAGGGAUCAAGUUCUGCAUUUUCUUAAUGAACUUGGCUGGCUCUUUCAGAAGGCCGCUGCAUGCACACCUUCCAUCGAAUCAGAUGUUUCUGAUUCAGAGUUGAUUCAGUUCUCUACUGCACGGUUCAGACACCUUCUGUUGUUUUCAAAUGAGCGGGACUGGUGCUCUCUCACUAAAACACUACUCGAAGUUCUUUCCAAGAGAAGUUUGGUCAGUGAGGAGCUAUCACAAGAGACUCUGGAGAUGCUCUCUGAGAUUCAUCUUCUGAACAGGGCAGUGAAAAGGAAGAGUAGCCACAUGGUGCAUUUGCUUGUGCAGUUUGUCGUAAUUUGCCCUGACAACUCCAAACUGUACCCUUUCCUUCCAAAUUAUCCCGGCCCAGGUGGUUUGACUCCAUUACAUCUAGCUGCAUCCAUUGAUGAUGCAGAGGAUAUAGUUGAUGCCUUGACAGAUGAUCCUCAACAGAUUGGUUUGAGCUGCUGGCAUUCGGUGCUAGAUGAUGAAGGGAUAUCUCCUGAAGUGUAUGCGAAGUUCAGGAACAACGGCUCAUACAAUGAACUUGUUGCGCGAAAGCUUGUGGACAGGAAGAAUAGCCAGGUUACCAUUGUGCUCAACAAAGGGGAAAUUCAUAUGGAUCAACCAGAGAAUGCUGGUGCGAAUAAUUCAUCUGGGAUCCAAGCAUUGGAAAUAAGAUCCUGCAGCCAGUGCGCCAUUUUGGAGUCUGGCUUGCUAAGACGCCCUAUGCGUUCUCGAGGAUUGCUUGCUCGCCCCUAUAUCCAUUCAAUGCUUGCCAUAGCAGCAGUGUGUGUCUGUGUCUGUGUAUUCAUGCGAGCUUUGCUGCGGUUUAAUUCUGGUAGGACCUUCAAGUGGGAGAGGUUGGAUUUUGGUCCCACCUAGACAUUGGAGAAUGCCGUAUUACUUAGCUGUGUGAUGUUAUUAAGGAACUACCUUACAAGAACCAGAGGGUGUGGAACCAGAUUGCUUUUAACUGCUCCACUUUCCAUGGAAUUCUGUCCAUGGUUAUGGAUGGUGAAAUGUAAUAGUUGCAUGGAUAAAACCUUGCCGGAAGAAAGUGUUGGUAUGUGGGGAUAGUCAUCAGCUUCUAAGGGGAGAGUUGAGAAUCAAGAAAAGGGGGGCCUGCCAAAAGAAAAACUUGGGCAGAGUUGGCACAUAGUUUUGUGAUGAGGGAGGAAGCUACCAGAGCUUUGUCAAUGUCAGGAGCAAUAAGACAGAGGCAACAAUAGUUCUGUGGUUAAUCAGUAAGUAACCCUUUGAUUUCUUUUUGCUGGUGUAAGUGUGAAUCUGCUGUUUCAUGUAUCAUAAGAUGGUAUUUAUUUA